AUGACGUCAGCACCGUGUAGACGCCGGCUGCUACCUCUGCCUUCGCUGAGCUCCUGCAAUCUUGCCUCCCUUCAUCUCUCUCACUGCAAGCUGACCGCCAUGUCACCAUCGCCGCCCACUACUGUUAAUCAGACCUCGACUACGCCCAUGGCUGCACGGCGUCAAUCGCUGGAAAAGCAGCUCGCCCAGCGCCCCACUGCUCCCGAGCUCCGCGCUCGCCAUAUUCUGCCCGAGACGGCGGCGGCGCCUGCGCUCCAAGGUGCCGCUCACGAUCUCGCUAAGCAGAUGCUCGCCGAUAGCCUCCAUGAGAAGCUCGCGCGACGCCCUGAUGCGGAAGAGCUCGUCCAGAAAGGCAUCUUGACAGAGGCCGAUCGUCUCUACGAGGAACGCAUCGAGGAGGAAUAUGCCAAGCGUGAAGGAGGAGCCUAA